AUGGCAACAAAUGGUUUGCUCAAGAUGGUUGCAGCCACUCUUCUCCUAGUCAUGUACAUCGUCCCGGCUGCGUUCGCUGUGACAUACACGGUCGGAGACGUUAAUGGAUGGGCCAGUGGUGUGAACUACACAGUUUGGCUUACUGGAAAAACUUUCAGAGUUGGUGACGUUCUAGAGUUCAAGUACGGUCCGGUACACUCGGUGGAUGUGGUUAACAAAGCCGAAUACGAUACCUGUGAUAGCUCCUCCGCGACCGAGAAUCACUCCGACGGAGACACCAAAAUCGAACUCAAGACUGUAGGAACAAAGUAUUUCAUCUGUCCAACACCUGGUCAUUGCAUCAGUGGCAUGAAGCUUGCCGUUACGGUCAUCGCCUCUGCCUCCUCUCCAGCCACCCCUCCGCCACCGUCUCCUGUUUUUCCUCCUCCGAGUCCCACUCUUCCGCCUCCAUCUCCUGUUGUUCCUCCUCCUACUCCCACCCUUCCGCCGCCGUCUCCUGUUGUUCCUCCUCCCACCCCUCCUCCACCGUCUCCUGAUACCCCAGACUUGUCGCGGUCUGAUGGAACACACGAAGCCGAUUCAGGGUCAAGCACGCCGCCACCCCCAUUUCCUCCACCGCCACCGCCAUCAAGUGGGGCAUCUAGGAGACUAAUGAGCUACGUGGUGGUUGGGAUCUCGCUGUUGUUGACUUGCAUAUAUGCAUAA